GCCUCUCUCUCUUUUUCUGGUCGUCGAACAGCACAGGAAGAAUUCUUAGACGAGGCCUGUACUUAUUUCCUGUUACUGCCCGCCCCGUCUCUGGCCCGUUUCCUGCCUGACUUACAUUCGGGCAUCUUUUUUAUGAAUAAUCAAAAGCAGCAAAAGCCAACGCUAUCUGGCCAGCGUUUUAAAACCCGAAAAAGAGAUGAAAAGGAGAGGUUUGACCCUACCCAAUUCCAAGACUGUAUUAUUCAAGGCUUAAAUGAAACUGGCAACGACUUGGAAGCAGUAGCAAAAUUUCUUGAUGCUUCUGGAGCAAAACUUGACUACCGCCGCUAUGCAGAAACACUUUUUGACAUCCUGGUGGCUGGCGGGAUGCUGGCACCAGGUGGUACUCUCACCGACGACGUGAUCCGUACUGAUGUUUGUGUGUUUUCAGCACAAGAAGAUCUAGAGACCAUGCAGGCAUUUGCUCAGGUUUUUAACAAACUAAUCAGACGUUACAAGUACCUAGAGAAAUGCUUUGAAGAAGAGGUCAAAAAGCUGUUUCUGUUUCUGAAAGGUUUUUCAGAGUCUGAGAGGAAUAAGUUGGCCAUGCUUACUGGUGUUCUUCUGGCCAAUGGGAUUCUUAAUGCAUCGAUUCUUAACAGUCUCUAUAAUGAGAAUUUAGUAAAAGAGGGUGUUUCAGCUGCAUUUGCAGUUAAACUAUUUAAAUCCUGGAUCAAGGAAAAGGAUAUUAAUGCAGUAGCUGGAAGUCUUAGGAAAGUGAAUAUGGACAAUAGACUUAUGGAACUGUUUCCAGCAAACAAGCAGAGUGUAGAACACUUCACAAAAUACUUCACAGAUGCCGGAUUAAAGGAAUUAUCAGAGUAUGUCCGGAAUCAACAAACAAUAGGGGCUCGUAAGGAGCUUCUGAAAGAGCUGCAGGAAAUGAUGGCAAAAGGAGAGCCUCUUAAAGAGAUCAGUGUAUAUGUAAAGGAAGAAAUGAAGAAAAACAACAUCUCUGAGCAGACUGUCAUUGGUAUCUUGUGGUCCAGUGUGAUGAGCUGUGUGGAAUGGAACAAAAAAGAGGAGCUGGUUACAGAGCAAGCCAUCAAACACUUGAAGCAAUACAGCCCUCUCCUUGCUGCCUUUACUACACAGGGUCAGUCUGAACUGACUUUGCUGCUGAAAAUUCAGGAGUAUUGUUAUGACAACAUUCACUUCAUGAAAUCCUUCCAGAAAAUUGUGGUGCUUUUUUACAAAGCUGAAGUUUUAAGUGAAGAGCCCAUUUUGAAGUGGUAUAAAGAUGCACAUGUUGCUAAAGGAAAAAGUGUAUUUCUGGAACAGAUGAAGAAGUUUGUAGAGUGGCUUAAAAAUGCAGAAGAAGAAUCUGAGUCUGAGACUGAAGAUGUUGAAUGAACUGUUAAUAGUGUUGCCAGUAAGCAAACACAGGAGCUGUAGAUUAAAAAAAGUCAUACUCAAUUAUGUGUCUUUCUGGUUCAUUACAUCCUACCUCCUGUAUCAAGCAUGAUAUAAGGGCUUUCAUCACUUACAUUUUUUUUUUAUUUUUCUUCUCCCUUUUUACAGUCAUGUUUUUAGUUUUAGACAAAACCAUGUUUUAAGUAACCAUGCAUUCAAAUUCCAUGUCCUGGAUUUUUGUUACCCUCUACCUCCUGGAUUUUCUACUGUAAUAAUGUAAUUUAAGGCCUUUCAAAAUGUAACAAUUCGUUUUAUCCCCCCGGUUUUCUAUUAAAAAUAAAGUUCAAAAUCACUAUAAUUUGGUAUAUUUGUUAUGGGAAAAUAUUUGCAAAUUAAAUGCCAUAUUCGACGACCAA